UCUGACGCAUCAGGUACCUGCCUGCGGGCGAACGGUGGGGAGGAGGUGCGGUCAGCCGGAGUUUCCCACUUGAAACUUCACGUCGGGUGAGGAAAUCAUCACCCGAGGACGUGUAGCCUCCCGCCCUUCUUCCAGUUCAUAAAAGAGCCUGCCACAAAAGUCUCUACUGAGCGGCAGUAAACACUGCUUUGAGUUGCGGGCGCCCCGGGAAGGGGCUAACAGCCAGCCACCUCCCUCUCUCCUGUCCCCAGCAGCAGUAAAAGCCCGAACUGCACACUGCCCGGGAGCUGGGUGGGCCACCGACCUCACUGCUCCGAGCCCCGCGGAGCCCGAGUCACGCGCGGGGCCGGGGAUACGGGACCCGGCCGCGCGGAGCCCACCACCGCGGAGCGAGGGGGACCACGCGGCGUGGCGUGGAGCACGGAGGGCGCCGUCCCUCCGCGAUCGCGGGGACCCUGCAGCGCCGUCGCGCCAGAUUCCAACAAGACUAUGGCAGAGCACAGCCACAUGGAAAGGCAGCUGGAUUUACAAAAUGGUAGCUUAGAGGCAGACUUUGUGGCCACUACCCUUGAGAACGGUUCCCAAAGCAUGAUGGAGAGCCUGAGCACAAAGAAAUAUUCUUCCAGUCUGAGAUUUAAAGCCAACGGAGACUAUUCUGGCUCCUAUUUAACCCUCUCACAGCCAGUGCCUGCUAAGAGAAGCCCUUCUCCUCUGGGAACCGGUGUCAGAAGUAGCCCCUCCUUGGUCAAAAUCCAGGGAAGCAAGCAGUUUUUUUGUGAUGGAAGUGACAGAAAUAUUUCCACGAAACCCCCUACUCCUUUGCUCAGCAAUCUCAGUGGAUAUCCACUUGGAAGAGUGGACUUAGACCACUCUACUGGCCGGGACAGUGAAAGGUCCUUGAGGCUCUCAGAGAAGCCUCCCUAUUCCAAAUAUAGCUCAAGGAAUAAAUCCCAUGACAAUGUCUACUUUCUGGGAGGGUUGGAAGGCCGAAAGGCCUCUGGCUCGCUGCUGGCCAUGUGGAAUGGAAGUUCCCCGAGCGAUGCUGGCCCCUCACCCAUCAGCAGAUCGGGGGCGGCCAGCAUGCCUUCAAGCCCAAAGCAAGCCAGGAAAAUGAGCAUCCCGGACAACCUGACACUUCAGCCCAAGGUGAGCAGGCACAAGGAGCUGGCGUCUGAAAACAGCAGUUUUAGAACUAGGAAGUAUUCAGGCAGUAGCCUGAGCCACAUGGGAGCCCAUAGCCGGUCUCUCCCCAGGUUGCACAGAGCCACAGAGAACCAGCUGACACCUCUCAGUUUGCCUCCAAGGAACUCCCUGGGCAAUUCCAAACGAACCAAACUGGGGGAAAAAGAUCUACCUCACAGCGUGAUAGACAAUGACAAUUACCUGAAUUUUUCUUCUUUGAGCUCAGGGGCUUUACCCUACAAAACCUCUCUGUCUGAGGGCAGUCCUUAUGUGAGUUCCACCCUCAGCGUCCCUGCCAGUCCUCGAGUGGCUCGGAAGAUGCUUCUGGCAUCCACUUCUUCCUGUGCCUCUGAUGACCUGGAGAGGGCUUCCCACUCAGGGACCAGCCCGGGUCCUCCGUUUCCUCCUGGAGAGCCGGACAGAGGGUUUGUGUCCAGGAGGAACUUCUCCUGUGGAUCUGUGGAGUUUGAUGAUUCAGAUUUGGACAGCCUCAGACAGGCCUCAGGAACCCCCCAGCCUGUCCUUCGGGAACGGAAGAGCAGCAUUAGCUCCAUUUCAGGACGCGACGACCUGAUGGAUUAUCAUCGGCGGCAGAGGGAGGAGAGACUCAGGGAGCAGGAGAUGGAGCGCUUGGAAAGACAGCGGCUGGAGACCAUCCUCAGUCUCUGUGCCGAAUACACAAAGCCUGACAGCCGCUUGUCCCCUGGCACCACCGUGGCAGAUGUACAGAAAAUCAAUAAGGAGCUGGAGAAGCUGCAGCUCUCUGAUGAGGACUCGGUGUUUGAAGAAGCCCUGGUGAGCCCCGACACCAGACACAGGUGCCACCGGAAAGGCUCCAUCCACGAUGCGGACUGCGCGGCCUUCGGGAGCCCCAGUCAGAGCAGCGCCGGCUUCCUUUCCCCUAGGAGUUUCAGGAACGAUGAACUGCUCAGGGACCUCAGCAGGACCCCACCACCACCAUCCUCUGCCUUCCUGAAAGCCUCCAGCGAGUCGACUUAUCUAAGUAUCCUACCAAAGACCCCAGAGGGUGUAAGUGAAGAACAAAGGAUUCAAGAAUUGGCUGCAAUGGAAGAGACCCGGAUAGCAAUUCUAAACAACCUUGAGGAACUUGAACAAAAAAUCAAAGAUAUAAAUGACCAGAUGGAUGAAUCUUCCCAAGAGUUGGAUAUGGAAUGUGCUCUUCUGGACGGAGAACAGAAAUCUGAGACAACUGAACUUAUGAAGGAGAAGGAGAUUUUGGAUCAUCUAAACCGGAAAAUAACAGAACUGGAAAAGAACAUUGUUGGUGAAAAGACCAAGGAGAAGGUAAAGCUUGAUGCUGAAAGGGAAAAACUAGAGAGGCUCCAGGAGCUAUACUGCGAGCAGAAGACCCAGCUGGACAAUUGUCCUGAGUCCAUGAGGGAACAGUUACAGGAACAGCUGAAGAGGGAUGCUGACCUAUUGGAUGUUGAGAGCAAACACUUUGAAGACCUGGAAUUCCAGCAGCUAGAGCGUGAGAGCCGUCUGGAUGAGGAAAAGGAGAACCUGACCCAGCAGCUCCUGCGUGAAGUGGCUGAAUAUCAGCGGAACAUUGUCACUAGAAAGGAAAAAAUUUCUGCAUUGAAAAAGCAAGCCAAUCACAUUGUCCAGCAAGCUCAGAGAGAACAAGAUCACUUUGUGAAAGAAAAGAAUAAUUUAAUAAUGAUGCUGCAAAGAGAAAAGGAAAAUCUUUGUAAUUUGGAAAAGAAAUACUCCAGCCUCUCUGGGGGGAAAGGGUUUCCUGUCAACCCCAAUACUCUAAAAGAGGACUAUAUCAGUGUAAAUGAAAUUAAUGAGCCAUGUGGCAAUUCCACGAAUCUAUCCCCUUCCACUCAGUUCCCUGCUGAUGCUGACGCUGUUGCCACUGGGCCGACCACAGCUGUGCUGGUGAGCCAGCCACAAAAUAAAGAGCAAAGAUCAUCUGUCUGUUCUGGAUUUAUGUUUCCUUCCACCCUCUCUCCUCAUCCUGUCACUCAAACUCCAUCAGCCUCUUGGCCUGAAGUCAUGGCAGCAUCUGUCGAUCCUUUCCCCUUAAAUGAUACACCUCCUCCUCUACCAGCCAAGAAACACAGAAGGCAGCAGCCGGAGGAGCAACAGCACUUUAGAAGUCUGGAAGAAAGGAAAAAACAGCAUAAAGAAGGCCUCUAUCUGAGUGACACUUUGCCUCGAAAGAAAACCACACCUUCCAUAUCCCCACAUUUCAGCAGUGCUACUAUGGGGAGAAGCACCGCCCCAAAGGCUCACCUGCCGCUGGGACAGAGCAACAGCUGUGGCAGCGUGCUCCCUCACUCCCUAGCAGCCAUGGGCAAAGACUCAGAAUCUCGGAGGAUACUCAGAGGAAGAAUGAAUUUCUCAGCAGGAGCAGUUAAUAAUUUCAAAAGAUCAAGUAUCAAAGGAUAUAAUCACCAACAGAUGAGUGAAGCACAAAGGCAGAAAUCUGAAUUUUACAACCGCACAGCCUCUGAAUCAAAUGUCUACUUGAACAGUUUCCAUUACCCAGAUCACAGCUACAAGGACCAGGCCUUUGAUACCUUAAGCCUAGACAGCUCUGAUAGCAUGGAGACCAGCAUAUCUGCUUGCUCACCUGACAAUAUCUCCAGUGCCAGCACUUCAAAUAUUGCCAGAAUAGAGGAAAUGGAGAGACUUUUGAAGCAGGCUCAUGCAGAGAAGACACGGCUGCUUGAAUCCAGGGAAAGGGAAAUGGAAGCCAAGAAACGGGCUCUGGAAGAAGAAAAACGACGCAGAGAACUCCUGGAAAAACGAUUGCAGGAAGAAACUAGCCAGAGGCAGAAGUUGAUUGAAAAGGAAGUAAAAAUAAGAGAGAAACAAAGGGCACAGGCCCGACCUUUGACACGCUAUCUGCCUGUCCGGAAGGAAGACUUUGAUUUACGGAGCCAUGUAGAGACUGCUGGCCACAGUAUUGAUACUUGUUAUCAUGUAUCAAUCACAGAGAAGACCUGCCGAGGAUUCCUCAUAAAAAUGGGAGGAAAAAUUAAAACUUGGAAAAAACGUUGGUUUGUUUUUGAUCGAAACAAGCGCACAUUCUCUUAUUAUGCAGACAAGCAUGAAGCUAAAUUAAAAGGAGUAAUAUACUUUCAAGCCAUUGAAGAAGUAUAUUAUGAUCACCUCAAGAAUGCUAAUAAGAGUCCUAAUCCAUUACUCACCUUUAGUGUCAAGACACAUGACAGAAUCUACUAUAUGGUGGCCCCAUCUCCAGAAGCCAUGCGGAUCUGGAUGGAUGUUAUAGUUACUGGAGCAGAAGGUUACACCCACUUCUUGUUGUAGUGAAGUGGCAUGAUGGUCCACUUCAGGGCAGACUGCAAUAAUCUCUUACAAAAGUGAAGCCAUAUGCAAUUCCAGAUGGCAAGACCCGAUGGACCUAUCCCUUUAACUGUGUAUGCUCAGAACUCCUUUCACACUAGCAGAAAGUCAUUUGCAGAAGAGAAAGAAGGGGUUUUAUUCAAAGCUUGAUCAUACAGCAAAAGAGCUGAAGCACCUAUGAGAAAGAAAACACUAUUUUGGUAAAGAGCAUCACUAAAAUAACAUUUCUUAUAAACUAUUUUUUGUAUCAGUUGAUUUUGGUGAAAUAAACAGUUUACAGUGUGUCCCUAUGUACUUGGAAAUAUGGAAUUGUUUGAGCACCCGAAUCAUUGGCAUUGACAUUAUUGGCAGUCAACUGACUUUUUUAAAAAGGAACAUUUUACUGAAGGUUAUUUUAUAAAUAUAAACAAAUAAAGGCUUGGGAGAAAUAUAUUUUAGAAGGAGUUUUGCCCGAACUUUUAAGUACCGCAUCAAAACCAAAGACUUGACUCCUGUUUAAUAGUAGUAGUUACAAGUGAUGAACUGCAUUUAGUGUUACUGUGCAUUUUAAAAUAAGUACUUAGAUGCCAUCAGGUGCCCAAGUUGACUUUCAAAAGUCAACACCAGCAUAAGCUACUAUAUAUAUAUAUAUAAUACACUAACAUAUAGUGUAUAUAUAUAUUUAGCAAACCACUUUUUUGUACAAGAACCGCUUAGAUAGAAGCGGUCUGAGAAAUUCUGCCACAUUUGGCAGUUCAAAAUAAAGAGAAUAAGUAGUAGUGUCAGGAGCUUGUUUUGCUGAAGAUUCCUCCAUUCCCAGUGCUGAGAAUAAAGGCAACCAGUAGCCAAUUUCCUUCAGAUUGUCUGAUUUAUCUUUGUUGUAAAGCAUCCCUGUUAAUUGCAGCCUCACCUGACAUAACUGUGAAAUCAGAGCUGUUGUCACCAAAGAACAAACCAGUUAACAUACUCAUUUACAAAAGUGGUAUAGUUCUAUUAAAAGGCAAAUGAAGUUCAACUUAAUGUCUCUGUAAUGUACUAUUUUAUGAUAUAUUUCUUUUACAAUUAACCUGUGCUUUUAGAGUUAAAUUAAUUUUUGUUGAAUGAAAUUACUUCCGGAAAGUCUCUUUUAUAACAGUUUUUCAAAUGUCCUUUAUCCUGGCUUGUCAUGUUAUGUGUUUGCAAGUAUGAAUGUACUCAUUCCUAAAACUUGGCAAAUGAAUAGAAAUAGAAAAUUAUGUUAUUUACUAGUAGAAGGUUAAAUGAGUAGGAGUGUGUAUAAAAUCAUUGUCAGGCCGGACUGGGUACAAUGUUUUACAAAUUUGCAGUGUGGUAUGUAUACAUGUAUACAUGUUGGCAAUAAUAAGAUUUUGCAACUGGAUGACACAUGAUUUUACUUGAACAGUGAAGGACAAAAUCACAAUUGCAGAAGACAUUUUUAUAAUCUCUUUUUUCAGAGACCCCUACACACUGUAAUGAUCUAAGAGUGUGAAAUACAAUUGCCAAAAUUUUGUUGGUUAAUGUAAAGAUGUAACUUUUCUGAACUGUACUUUACUUUCUUCACUGGAUUGUAAAGAUAUUCUAAUCAACUUUAUACCUUGCAUGAUGUAGUAAACCUUUUAAAUAUGUGUGUUAAAAUAUGUUGAGUUUGGAUUAAAAUGUUGACCAGAUUUCACAUUUGAAAAUAAACUCAUCUCUCUUAAGGAAAUUA